AUGUCCUCGUCCGCGACGACGCUCAAGGGCCAGCCCCUCGACAAGGUGGUGCUCGACGCCAUGCUCCGGCGGCGCAUGUUCUACACGCCCUCGUUCGAGAUCUACGGCGGUGUUGGCGGUCUCUACGACUACGGCCCGCCGGGAUGCGCCCUGCAGGCCAACAUCGUCGACCUGUGGCGGAAGCACUUCGUCCUCGAGGAGGACAUGCUCGAGGUGGACUGCACGGCCCUGACCCCCCACGACGUCCUCAAGACCAGUGGCCACGUCGACAAGUUCGCCGACUGGAUGUGCAAGGACCCCAAGAACGGCGAGAUCCUGCGAGCCGACCACUUCGUCGAGGCCAUUCUCGAGGCUCGCCUCAAGGGUGACAAGGAGGCCCGCGGCCAGAAGGUGGAGGAGAAGGAGGUCGACCCCAAGAAGAAGAAGAAGGCCAAGUCGGCCGCCGCCGUCAAGCUCGACGAUGCCGUCGUCCAGGAGUACGAGGAGGUGCUUGCCAAGAUCGACAACUACGACGGCCCGGAACUCGGCGAGCUCAUCAAGAAGUACGACCUCAAGAACCCCGAGACUGGCGUGCUGCCCUCGGACCCCGUGGCUUUCAACCUCAUGUUCCAGACGUCCAUCGGCCCCAGCAGCAACCUCCCCGGCUACCUGCGUCCCGAGACUGCUCAGGGCCAGUUCCUCAACUUUGCCAAGCUCCUCGAGUUCAACCAGUCCCAGAUGCCCUUUGCCUCGGCCUCUAUCGGAAAGUCAUACCGAAACGAAAUCUCCCCUCGUGCCGGUCUCUUGCGUGUGCGAGAGUUCCUCAUGGCCGAGAUUGAGCACUUUGUCGACCCCGAGGGCGGCAAGAAGCACCACCGCUUCCACGAGGUUGAGCACGUCGAGCUCGUCCUGCUGGACCGCCACGUCCAGCUGUCCGGAAAGACGGAAACGAAGAAGAUGACCAUUGGCCAGGCCGUCAAGGACGGCGUCGUCGACAACGAGACCCUCGGCUACUUCCUGGCCCGCAUCCACCUCUUCAUGGAGAAGAUUGGUGUUGACCUGUCCAAGAUGCGUUUCCGACAGCACAUGGCCAACGAGAUGGCCCACUACGCUUGCGACUGCUGGGACGCCGAGCUGCUGACCUCCUCUGGCUGGGUGGAGUGCGUUGGCUGUGCGGACCGCAGCGCCUACGACCUGUCGGUCCACGCCAAGAAGACUGGCGCUCCUCUGAUUGUUCGUGAGCGGCUCGACGAGCCCAGAGUCAUUGAGGAGUGGCAGAUCGACAUCCAGAAGAAGAAGUUUGGACCCCUAUUCAAGAAGGACGCCAAGACGGUGGAGACGGCCCUGGAGGCUACUACACAGGAGCAGCGCGAGAAGCUGGCCAAGGAGCUGGCUGAGACUGGCAAGAUCACCUUGGAUGUGGAGGGUGUUGCCGAUGGCAAGGCCGUCAUUGACAAGGACACGGUCGCGAUUGAGUUCCGCAAGCGGGUUGAGAACACCCGUGAAUACACGCCCAACGUCAUUGAGCCGUCGUUUGGUAUCGGCCGCAUUCUGUACUCUCUCAUCGAGCACAACUUCUGGACCCGAGCCAGCGAGGGUGGUGAUGAAGCCCGUGGUGUGCUGUCUUUCCCCCCUCCCGUGGCCCCGACCAAGGUUCUCCUGGUGCCUCUGUCGUCCAACCCGCAGUUCAAGCCCACGGUUAGGAAGCUGUCUCAGAAGCUGCGAAGCCUCGGCGUGUCCAGCCGCGUAGACGACUCCUCCGCCAGUAUCGGCAAGCGAUACAGCCGAAACGACGAGCUCGGCACUCCCCUCGGCAUCACUGUCGACUUCCAGACCCUCCAGGACGGCACCCUCACGCUGAGAGACCGUGACUCGACCACCCAGGUCCGAGCUGAGGAGGACAAGAUUCUGGAUGCCAUCAGAGCGCUCGUGGACGGAAGCAAGACUUGGGCGCAGAUUGAGACGGAGCUCCCCAAGUUCCAGGGGCAGGAGAUUGAUGUUGCCGUUCGAUAG